AUUUGCCUUGAUGACAGCUUUGCACACUCUUGGCAUUCUCUCAACCAGCUUCAUGAGGUAGUCACCUGGAAUGCAUUUCCAUAAACAGGUCUGCCUUGUUAAAAGGUCAUUUGUGGAAUUUCUUUCCUUCUUAAUGUGUUUGAGACAAUUAGUAGCAUACAGAAGAUAGCCCUAUUUGGUAAAAGUCCAAGUCCAUAUUAUGGCAAGAACAGCUCAAAUAAGCAAAGAGAAACGACAGUCCAUCAUUACUUUAAGAGACGAAGGUCAGAAAAUAUGUAACAUUUCAAGAAAGUUCCUUCAAGUGGAGUCGCAAAAACCAUCAAGUGCUGAAACUGAGGACCGCCACAGGAAGGGAAGAUCCAGAGUUACCUCAGCUGCAGAGGAGAAGUUCAUUAGAGUUAACUGGCUCUCAUGAGGACCGCCACAGGAAGGGAAGAUCCAGAGUUACCUCAGCUGCAGAGGAGAAGUUCAUUAGAGUUAACUGGCUCUCAUGAGGACCGCCACAGGAAGGGAAGAUCCAGAGUUACCUCUGCUGCAGAGGAGAAGUUCAUUAGAGUUAACUGGCUCUCAUGAGGACCACCACAGGAAGGGAAGAUCCAGAGUUACCUCUGCUGCAGAGGAGAAGUUCAUUAGAGUUAACUGGCUCUCAUGAGGACCACCACAGGAAGGGAAGAUCCAGAGUUACCUCUGCUGCAGAGGAGAAGUUCAUUAGAGUUAACUGGCUCUCAUGAGGACCACCACAGGAAGGGAAGAUCCAGAGUUACCUCUGCUGCAGAGGAGAAGUUCAUUAGAGUUAACUGGCUCUCAUGAGGACCACCACAGGAAGGGAAGACCCAGAGUUACCUCUGCUGCAGAGGAGAAGUUCAUUAGAGUUAACUGGCUCUCAUGAGGACCGCCACAGGAAGGGAAGAUCCAGAGUUACCUCAGCUGCAGAGGAGAAGUUCAUUAGAGUUAACUGGCUCUCAUGAGGACCACCACAGGAAAGGAAGACCCAGAGUUACCUCUGCUGCAGAGGAGAAGUUCAUGAGCGUUACCAGACUCUGCUUCAGAGUUCGAGUAACAGACACAUCUCAACAUCAACUGUUCAGAGGAGACCGUGUGAAUCAGGCCUCCAUGGUCGAAUUGCUGCAAAAGAAACCACUACUAAAAGGACACCAAUUAGAAGAAGAGACUUGCUUGUGCCAAAGAACACGAGCAAUGGACAUUAGACCGUUGGAAAUCUGUCCAAAUUUGAGAUUUUUGGUUCCAACCACCGUGUCUUUGUGAGACGCAGAGUAGGCGAACAGAUGUCUGCAUGUGAGGUUCCCACCGUGAAGCAUGGAGGAGGUGUGAUGGUGCUCUGCUGGUGACACUGUUAGUGAUUUAUUUAGAAUUUAAGGCACAUUUAACCAGCAUGGCUACCACAGCCUUCUGCAGUGAUACGCCGUCCCAUCUGGUUUGAGCUUAGUGGGACUAUCAUUUGUUUUUCAACAGGACAAUGACCCAACACACCUCCAGGCUGUGUAAGGGCUAUUUUUCCAAGGAGAAUGAUGGAGUGCUGCAUCAGAUGACCUGGCCUCCACAAUCCCCCCGACCUCAAACAAAUUGAGAUGGUUUGGGAUGAGUUGGACCGCAGAGUGAAGGAAAAGCAGCCAACAAGUGCUCAGUAUAUGUGGGAAGCUGGUUGAGAGAAUGCCAAGAGUGUGCGAAGCUGUCAUCAAGGCAAAGGGUGACUAAUUAAAUAUAUUCAGAUUUUGUUUUACACUUUUGUUUUUACUGAAUGAUUCCAUAUGUGUUAUUUCAUAGUUUUGAUGUCUUCACUAUGAUUCCACAAUGUAGAAAAUAGUAAAAAAUACAUAAAAACCCUUGAAUGUCCUAACUUUUGACUGGUACUGUAUAUAUAUAUAAUAUAUAUAUAUAUCCACCAUCGUCUAAAUAGAUAUAUACAGUCAGGUCCAUAAAUAUUUGGACAUUGACCAAGUUAUUAUUAUUUUGGCUGUCUACAACAGCAUAUUGGAGUUGAAAUGUGAGUUUAAAGUGCAGACUUUUAGCUUUAAUUUGAGGGGAUUUACAUCCAAAUCGGGUGAACGAUGUAGAAAUUACAGCACUUUUUAUAUGUGGCCCUCCCCCCUUUCUAAGGGAUCAAAAGUAAUUGGACAAUUGGUUGCUCAGGUGUUCCGUGGCCAGGUGUGUGUUUGUACCUCGUUAGUUAAUUUGGUAAGGAGAUAAAAGGUCUUGAGUUGAUUUCAAGUGUGGCAUUUUUGCAUUUGGAAUCUGUUACUGUUAACCCUCAAUGUGUCCAAAGAGCUGUCACUGCCAGUGAAGCAAACCCUCAAUAUGAAGUCCAAAGAGCUGUCACUGCCAGUGAAGCAAACCCUCAAUAUGAAGUCCAAAGAGCUGUCACUGCCAGUGAAGCAAACCCUCAAUAUGAAGUCCAGAGAGCUGUCACUGCCAGUGAAGCAAACCCUCAAUAUGAAGUCCAGAGAGCUGUCACUGCCAGUGAAACAAACCCUCAAUAUGAAGUCCAAAGAGCUGUCACUGCCAGUGAAGCAAACCCUCAAUAUGAAGUCCAAAGAGCUGUCACUGCCAGUGAAGCAAACCCUCAAUAUGAAGUCCAGAGAGCUGUCACUGCCAGUGAAACAAACCCUCAAUAUGAAGUCCAGAGAGCUGUCACUGCCAGUGAAGCAAACCCUCAAUAUGAAGUCCAAAGAGCUGUCACUGCCAGUGAAGCAAACCCUCAAUAUGAAGUCCAGAGAGCUGUCACUGCCAGUGAAGCAAACCCUCAAUAUGAAGUCCAGAGAGCUGUCACUGCCAGUGAAACAAACCCUCAAUAUGAAGUCCAAAGAGCUGUCACUGCCAGUGAAGCAAACCCUCAAUAUGAAGUCCAGAGAGCUGUCACUGCCAGUGAAGCAAACCCUCAAUAUGAAGUCCAGAGAGCUGUCACUGCCAGUGAAACAAACCCUCAAUAUGAAGUCCAGAGAGCUGUCACUGCCAGUGAAGCAAACCCUCAAUAUGAAGUCCAGAGAGCUGUCACUGCCAGUGAAACAAACCCUCAAUAUGAAGUCCAGAGAGCUGUCACUGCCAGUGAAACAAACCCUCAAUAUGAAGUCCAGAGAGCUGUCACUGCCAGUGAAGCAAACCCUCAAUAUGAAGUCCAGAGAGCUGUCACUGCCAGUGAAGCAAACCCUCAAUAUGAAGUCCAAAGAGCUGUCACUGCCAGUGAAACAAGUCGUCAUUAGGCUGACAAAUCAAAACAAACCCGUCAGAGUGAAAGCAAAAACAUUAGGUGUGGCCACUGGUGAGCUCAGGAACACCAAAAGGUCCGGAAGACCACGGAAAACAACUGUGGUCGAUGACAGAAUGGUUUCCAUGGUGAAGAAAAACCCAUUUCACAACAGUCGGCGAGAUCAACAACACCCUCCAGGAGGAAGGUCUAUCUGCGUCAAAGUCAACAAUCAAGAGAAGACUUCACCAGAGUAAAUACACAAGAUGUAAACCAUUUCUCAAAAACAGGAAGACCAGAUUAGAGUUUGCUCCCAAACAUUUUUUUGGAGAAAAAAAAACCUGCAGUUCUGGAACAACAUCCUAUAAAGAGAUGAGACAAAGAUAAACUUGGACCAGAGUGAUAGGAAGAGAAGACUUAUGGAGAAGGGAAGGAACUGCUCAUCAUCUGAAGCAUACCACCUCAUCUGUGAAGCAUGGUGGAGGUAGUGGUAUGGAGAAGGGAAGGAACUGCUCAUCAUCUGAAUCAUACCACCUCAUCUGUGAAGCAUGGUGGAGGUAGUGGUAUGGAGAAGGGAAGGAACUGCUCAUCAUCUGAAUCAUACCACCUCAUCUGUGAAGCAUGGUGGAGGUAGUGGUA